AUGCCCGUGAUUCUGCUCACAGCCGUCCUUGUCGCUGCGGUGCUGGUCAUUUUCUUUCACAGUGAUGUCGGCGAACAAUUGCCCCCUGGCCCACGCGGACUUCCGCUUAUUGGGAACCUCCAUCAAAUUGAUCAGGUGGAUAUGCGCAAGAAGUUUGCACGUUGGCAUCAGCAGUAUGGACCAGUUAUUCGCUUAAAGCUUGGCUGGAGUAAUGUGAUUGUUUUGGGGACUAUACCAACCACAAAGGAUCUUUUUGGCAAGAAGGGUGCCCGAUACAGCUCCCGACCCGAUAUGACCAUGGCGAGAGAUGUCAUGACCAAGAACAUGCAGACGUCAACUCUUCCCUACGGAGACAAGUGGAAAAUCCACAACCGCAUUCAUGUGUCACUUUUGAAUCCCCGAAUGUCGCAAAAAUAUCGGAAGUUAGUGCAGAUUGAGAGUCGACGGGCUCUCUUUCGUUUAUUGAACGCAGAUGAUAUGGGGUCAUGCUUCAACCGGCUCAAAUUCAACAUCAUCUACACUCUUGCUUACGGGAAAGACCCAGAACAAAACGAUGCCGACUUUCGAGAGAUCUUGGACCUGGCAGACAGCUUUUCUCAGGCAUUGACCAACUCGACAUGGAUUGUCGACAUCUUUCCUAUAUUGAACCGUCUGCCUACCUUUUUGGCGCCAUGGAAAAGGUUUGGUGACAAAUUCCACGAGCGCACUCAGAAAUGGUUCCAGAAAAACACCGCGCAUGCAAUUGACGCGGACUCGUGGAGCUGGACUAAGCUUGUUAUGACCAGCGAAAAUACGGGCAACCUCACGGUGACUGAGAUUCGCAGUCUGAUUGGCGUCUUGUUUGAAGCAGGAGUGGACUCUACUGCCACCUCGCUUCAUUUCUUUGUCCUGGCGUGUAUCCUUUACCCAGAUGCAGUUGAACGUGCGAGAACCGAGCUGGACGAUGUCGUUGGGCGAUCUCGGCUCCCAACUUUGGACGAUUUGCCUGAAAUGCCGUACGUCCAAGGCUUCGUCAAAGAAGUCUUGCGCUGGCGGCCAAUCCUCCAAGGCUUGCCUCAUUACACCACUGCCGACGACACCUAUAUGGGUUAUCACAUUCCCAAAGGCUCCACCGUCCUCUUCAACCAUUGGUCAGCUCACCAAGAUGAGGAUCUUUACCCUGAACCUUCUGUCUUUCGCCCUGAACGUUACAUCAAAAAUCCCGACCUUCCGCUAGGUGCCUUUGGGUAUGGUCGGAGAUCAUGCCCGGGGCGACAUCUAGCAAUGAUGACCCUAGAAACGAUGAUACCAAGCCUACUGUGGGCCUUCGAUUUUCACAGUUCUGCUGAUCUUGAGCUACACAAAGACGCUCUUUCCGGAGCCACUGCCAUAGGGGCCUUCCUAAAGCCUCUCGAGUUUCCAGUCGUUUGGAAAGUACGUGAUGGGCAGCACAAGGGCAUUGUGGAAGAUGCAUUCUAUGCGGCGGAAAAGGAAUUGAACUCCGCGACCAACAUUUACUAG